GGCUCGGUCCGCUCGUGGCUCGGCCAGCUCGAUGGGGUGGGCGCGGGGCUGGGCGGCGGGGCCGCCGCCGCUGCUGCUGCUGCUGCUGCUGCUCUCGGCCGCGGGGCCGCUGCGCGCCCUCGAGAUCGACUGGAGCCGCCUGGAGGGGCUGGCGCGGGGGAAGGUGGAGAGCUGUGGCGGAUGACGCCUGAAUCGCCUGACAGAGGUGAAGGGCUUUAUUACUGAGGACCUGCCUUUGUACCACAACUUGGCCAUGAAGCACCUGCCUGGAUCGGACCCUGAACUCGUAUUGCUCAACCAUAAGUAUGAAGAGCUCCAGAGAAUCCCAUUGAGCGACAUGAGCCAAGUUGAGAUAAACAAACUGGUGCAAGAAUUGGGAUUCUACCGGAAAGAGAAACCAGAUUCCCCUGUUCCCGAGGAGUUCCGAUUGGCACCUGCCAAGUCACUGCCAGCGGGAGCAGACACAGCCAAGAACGAGCAUGCGAAGGAGAAAAAAGGGGCAGGGGGUCCAGAUCUAUAGAAUUUGGCGCGUUGUGUUGGUGAGGGGUGCAUGUUGGAAAGAACAGGAAGACUGAGGGUGUUUGAAAUAUCCAUCUAUAAGAUAACCUGCAGCUACAUAGAGAGGAUCUCU